AUGAGUUUAUUUAGUAAUAUUUCAAGCGAUCCGCCUAUUGAAGUAUUUCAUUUAACUGAACUUUUCAAUCAAGAUGCAGAUCCAUCGAAAGUUAAUUUAGGUAUUGGAGUAUAUCAAGAUGAAAAUGGUAAAACAUCGACAUUACCUAUUAUUCGUUCAGUUGAACAACAAAUGGCAAAUGAUUUAAUUUUAACAAAAAAUUAUUUAAAAGCAACUGGACUUGAUAUAUUUUGUACAGCAGGUCUUAAACUUUUACUUGGUGAACAAUCAUCGGCCAUUAAAGAAAAACGUGCUUGUUCAAUACAAUCAUUAAGUGGUACAGGUGCACUACGUAUUGGCUUAGAUUUUCUCUAUCGAAAUGAUUAUCGGAUAGGAUAUGUUUCAGAACCUACAUGGGGUAAUCAUCAAUCAAUUUUACAAACAGUUGGAUUUGAAGUAAGAAAAUAUAGAUAUUGGAAUCAAGAAAAACUUACUCUUGAUAUUGAUGGUCUAAUCAAUGAUCUUGAAUCUGCACCCGAAAAAUCUAUUAUAAUACUUCAUGCUUGCUCUCAUAAUCCUACAGGUUGUGACCCUACACAUGAACAAUGGAUGCGUAUAUCAGAUACCUGUAAAUCUCGGCAAUUAGUCCCAUUUUUUGACAUAGCCUAUCAAGGUUUUUCAAGUGGUGAUCUUGAUAUGGAUGCAUGGUCAAUACGCUAUUUUGUACAUGACGCUAAACAUGAAUUAUUUAUUGCUCAAUCGUUUGCUAAAAAUUUCAGUUUGUAUAAUGAACGUAUUGGCCAUUUAGUUGGUGUAUUUAAAUCAUGUGACAUUGUAUCUAAAUUUCGUACGCAAAUGACAACAAUUAUUCGAAGAAACUAUUCAAAUCCGCCUGUGCAUGGGGCAUAUAUUGUUGCUACAAUUUUAAAUAAUCCGAUCCUAUAUGAAGAAUGGAAAACAAAUGUUCGAGCAAUGUAUGAACGAAUACAUUCAAUGAGACAAUUAUUUUAUAGUAAAUUAAAACAAUUAAAUAUAUCAGGUACUUGGGAACAUAUUAUACAACAAACAGGUAUGUUUGCUUAUACUGGUCUGAAUUCACGCCAGUGUCAAUUAUUAAUUCAGAAGCAUCACGUAUACAUAAUGAGCGAUGGUCGAAUUAAUGUUUGUGCCAUAACAUUGAAUAAUGUCGAUGAACUCGUAGAAAAAUUCUACGACGUUAUUACUAAUGGUGAUAAUGGCACUAAACUUUGA